AUGCCCAAGGAUCAGCGUACAGUGACUUCUUCCCGGACCGUAUGGCCCCAGGUCAUGAACCCCUGCGUCAGGAAUCUCGCUCAUUACGGCUUCUCGCUCAGCGCAGACGAGUCGACUGACAACACCUAUUUCCUCGGGCGUGGCUUUCAAAAUUGGAACACCUUCGAUACACGACGUCAAAAGCGCGACAAACUGAGGUCUCCGCGCUUCCCGCUCUCGUCAAUCCCUCCCUGGUCCGCGAGCCGCAUUGCGAGUAUGGGCAAGCUCAAGAUUCCAACCAAACUCGGUCGACAUGCUUUAGAACUAUCACACCCUCUACCAACCUCUCCAACACCAGAUCUCUGCGCUUCUAACCGACAGCCAAACGAAACUGAAGUAGCUCGCAUCUUACAUGCUAUCAGCCAGGCCGAAAGUGAUCUCGCGGAGCUUGCGCAGGAAAUCAAGACCAACCCACGAGAUGCAAAGGUUCGACAACGGUACAUCGCUUGCAGUCACUUCCUUGAAGAACACAAAGGUCCCUUAUCCCCGGUACGCCGGUUGCCAUACGAGGUCUUGGCGCAGAUUUUCGAUUUUUGUGCGAACGAUUUGGAACCGUGUUGGACGGUUCCCUCGUGGACCUUGGCUCAGGUGUCACGUCGAUGGAGGGCUGUUGCAUUGACUUUUCCGGAGAUUUGGGGUGUUGUCCCUCCGAUAAGGUUUCCAAUGAAGGAUAACGGGGAAAAAACUGUUCCAGUGCUGAAGGAGGUCCUCCAUCGUUCAGGCGAGCACCCGCUUUCUAUACACAUCUCUUCUGACGAGAAUGGUGUCGUUGAUCAUGCCAUCUUUCAACUCCUCAUCAAACAUUGCAUGCGGUGGCGAAUCGUUGUUAUGGAUCUUGAAGUGCGUGAUUUUAUGGCACUUACGCAGUUCAUCCGGCAUCGUUUGACCUCCUUAUAUUCACUCAAAAUAACUGUUCGAAUGCCGCACGAUGAGGACUAUGUCCUUGAAGCGUUCAGCAUCGCUCCCAUGCUGCGAGAGGUGGAAAUCGAUUGCCCGCGGGUACAGCUCCUUAUUCCUUGGGAGCAAUUGACGAGAUAUACAGAGCGCUCUACGGAUUCUACCGGCGUCAUACAGGUCCUCAGCGUCUCUUCCGAGAUCAGCUAUUUCUCUUACUCUACGCGGGCUAUCGUUUCUAUCCAAGGUCACCUCCAACCAAAAACGCUCACUAAUAUGACUACGUUGCAUCUCAACUUCUACAAUCCAUGGGUAUCGGGCACCUCGAUUAUUGCAAGCCUCAUCUUACCCACUCUUAUCGACCUCCACGUUCGGUCUUUAGACGCCUCACUAGUGGACGACCUCAUCGACCUAACUCUCCGUUCGAUAUGCGCGUUGGAGAAGCUCUCCAUACACUCCUUGCCCAUCAAAGGCGGUGUCACGAGGAUUCUACUUUUCACUCCCUUUCUUACCGAAUUCAAAUGCAAUGACUUCACAACCGACGACCUAGAACGCCUCGUCGCUAUCCCCGGAAUCCCCUCCGUCGUGCCCCGCCUCCGAAAGCUCGUCCUCCACCUGGACACGCCCGUGAGGGAACUCAACAAUAUGAUCCUAAGUCGGCAUUCACGCAGGGAGAACGUCGCGCUGGAAUCUCUAACGCUGAUAUUCACGAAUGCAGUUGAGUGUUUUGAAGCACAGUGCGUGCUGGAAGGCUGGGAUAAGGUGGAUGGAAAGCUUGGAGGGGUGAUUGGGGAAUGGAGAGCGGACCUUGAGAAGGAGCUGAUUAACUGGGUGACACCUAGUCGGGAAGGCUCGUGGAAUACGGCGAUGAUGAACGUGAAAGUGACGCAUCAGCUAGGGAUUCAUUUCCGGACGCUGGAGAGCUAUGAGUUCUCGGACGCCAAGUAUAUUUAUCAUUCCGGGAUUCAUAUUGUGAUGAAGAAAGUGGGCAAUAUGGUGACAAGCGGUCUUCCUCAGGUCGAGGCCUACAAUUUCAAGGAGAGAGCUCGUGCUCUUGUUGACAAAUGGGAGCCGCUCCUUCUCUUAGAUCUGCCUAACCGCCACUGGAUACGUCGGGGCGUGGCGACUCUGGAAUAUGUGCCUGAUUCUAGCGAUUUACGACAUUCUGCGGCAGGAAUACAUGAUAUUAUUUUUGGUGCGGAUAUGGGUGGACUUGAUCUCGUGUAGCCUAUUGGAAUCCUAUAUUUUUAUCAGGGAACUAGUCCCUAGUUCA